UUGUUACUAUUACAUGCAUAAUCAAUUGUAAAGUUUGGUUGUUAAUGUACACAUGCAUGCUUUACUUUUCAGUUGACUAUUUUAUAGUCUACCUUUAGAAAGUCUUUCAAUCUAGUAUAUUCAGUUUAGCUAGUUGUUUCAUUCAACUAUUUUACAUAACGUACAUUUCAUGUUUUGACGCCAUUUGGCGCUGCAUUUUUAAAUUAUGCAGUUUUAGAUUUUUAGGAUCUGCAACAUAUGCUUCACUAGGGUUUUUCUCCAUCAGUAUUUGAUGAGACCUCUUUACUUCUAAAGGGAUACAAUUUAUCUAGUUAUUCAAUACUUUGUAGUCAUGGCUAGUGGAGUAUUCACAUAACCGGGGAUCUUGUCCUGACACGUAUCUUUAGUUUAUUAGAGGUUUCAUAGACGAGUUAGAUGAGAAAGUUAAGUAAUUGUAUUCAGAUGUAUUCAAACACACAUCAUUAUUAUUUAGACUUUUAGAUAAAGUUGUUGAGAUGAUUUUGUUUUUAUUUAAUUAUUGUGAUGCUCAUCUAUUAUAAAGCUUUUGCGUAAGUCGUUAAGUCUUCCGCAUAGUAGUAAGCCAGUCCAAGUAUUCUCUUGGGACCAACAAUGGUUCUGAGUGCCGGCCACGUCCGGGGUGUAGGCUCAAGGUGUGACAUUUUAUAUCUCAUUUUCUUUGAAUUAGGGUCUACAGUGCAUUGCUAUUGAAUAUUUGGCACUUUUAAUCACAUUACUACACUGUUCAUUCUUUUUUUUGCCAUGAGUUAAGGCAUAAAGUUUUCUCCUUAGAGAAUAUGUAGUCCAAUCCACAUUGUUCUUAGCUACAUGUGUUUGGCUGAAAUUGUCUUUCGAUUCCAGGGUGUAUAUGUAUUUUUUCUACUCGAGAUCUUUGAAUUUAGACCUCCUUAAAUUACUAUGUAGGAAUUACCACAUAGAUGGCCACAAGAUUUAGCGAGCAGAAAGAAUACGGGAAAGAUUACUAUUUAUCUCAAAUGACCAGAUAAUACACCUAGGCCUGUCAUCUAUUGUGAGAAUUUUGUUUCUAUGGUUUUGUUAGGAAACUGACAUUAUUUACUAAAGUUUAUGGCCUUAAACCUGGAGGUGAAUGUCUAUUCCAACUUUCAAAUCGGUCAAAACAUAUGUUUACUAUACAUGGAUCCAACAAGGUAGAUGUAACUCAAACUACUUUGAGUUGAUUAUUGUGAGGCAGUUGUGAGAACAAUAAUCAACUCACAUUACAUUCUUCUCACGGCGAGGUGCUCGGCUUUUUGAAUUAAGCUCCAAUUAAUAUUAAAAACUUAAAAUAUGUAAUUGCAUAUAUAAACAUCCUAAAUCUCAAUAGCAAUAACGUAUAUCGAAGAAGAAAGAAAAAGAGAGAGGAAGACUCGCAGGUUUGCUAAAACACCAAAUAAACCCUAAUAUUGCCUUUUAAUUAUCAAAUUAGGCCUCUCUUUUUUUUUAAAAAAAAGGCGAUGCCUUUGCCACCUUGCCUCAUCGUGUCGACACUCGCCUUUUAUCGCCUUUUUAAUCUCUCCUUGCCUCGCCAGGAAUAGGCGACAAGACCUCGCCUCUAGCCAAAGGCGAUAAGACGCUCGCUUUCACAACACUGGAAGGACAAUUUCCAAAGAAAAGUGGAAGCAAAUACAACUUUUAUUACACAUCAGACAAUCAGAUUUUAGUCCACAAGUCUUUCAAAAAUCAAAACAAGAGGAAAGCAAUUGCAAAGGGGGAAUAAAUUUGUGGGAAUAUAGCAUACUUUGUACGUAGAAGAGAGAUGGUUAACCACCCCAAUGAAGCAUGUGAAUUGUGCAACCGUACGUGCUUGUUGAUACAUGGAGAAAGGGAUCCCUCACCAAUUGUUAGCUCUUUCUUCAAAGUCAUGAUCGAUGACAGUUUUCUCCAAGUUCUGUACAUUCCCCCCAGAUUUGCUCGAUUGAUAUCUCACUUGAUGGAUCAAGAAAUUGAGCUGGAGGACUCUACUGGACAGCGAUGGAAGGUGGGAAUUAGUAAUCAUAAUGGUUCACUUGCAAUUCGACAAGGAUGGCAGACCUUUUCGUCUGAGCAUGAUCUAAAAUUGGGAGACUUCUUAGUCUUCCAUUAUAUUCAGGGUCAGCACUUUGUUGUUCAAAUAUAUGGAACGAGUGGUUGUCAGAAGAUCAACUUUUACAAUGGCACUUGCACGGGGAAGGAAAGACCGAGAACUAAUUCUACAGCAACUUCUCAUGAUGAGCUGUCCACGGCAACUGACAUAAAUUUAAGGGAAAAAAAGAAUUCAACACCCUCAGUUACUGCUGUACCAGUGUCUGAUAGAGCUGGACAACUGCCAGUGACCACAAUUUUUGCAUCAAACAUUGAUGCUGACACUUUGAAAUCAGCUGAAAAUGGUGUCAAGGGUAAGAAAACAAGAGUAGAUAAGCGAGAACUGAAGCAGAUGGCAGCAAAAACGCGUUGCCCUUCUAAAAAGUUAAAUGGAAAAGAGCCAAAAAUAAUAGAGAAAGAUGGUCAAGGUUGCCCUGAGGCUGAAAUUGGUAAUAACAAAGCUAUAGAAAGCGAGCCUGCUGAUUCAGGAGACACAUCAUUUCUUGAUGCUGGCAACUUCUCAUGUUUGCUGCGAGUGGAUGGUCGAUCUUUUCUGGAAUUACCACAAAGCUGGCCAGAAGUUUUACCAAGCAGCAAAAAGAUCAGAAAGAUUAUUAUUUAUCUCAAAGGACCAGAUAAUAGAACCAGGCCUGUCAUCUAUCAUGAAGAUUUCGGUUCUAAGGUUUUGACAGGAAACUGGGCAUCAUUUACUCAAGUGUAUGGCCUAAAACUUGGAGAUGAAUGUCUAUUCCAACUUUCAAAUCUGUCAGAGCGCAUGUUUACUGUGAAGGCAACCCACAAGGUAGAUGGCACACAAACGACUUUGAGCUGAUUAUCGUGGGGCAGUUGUGAGAACAAUGUAAUGGGAGCUAUGGCGAGAUUUUACUUGAUUUAAGCAAAAUCUAUAGUGGAUAAUGACUUUAUUCAUACUGUGCUUUAUCUGUGAAUGCUAUGCUGAUACUUUCUUUUAGCAUCAUCAUCUACAUUGAAGCAAAUAAAGGGAUCAAAGUUGCAGAUUUGAAA